AUGAUUUACAGGAGCGAAACUGAACCACGAAAUCUAUAUUUUAACUUGGUUAUUUUUAACUUUACCUAUAACGAGUCACAUUACUACAAUUGCGAUGAAAAGCCUAUUGUACCAGAGCACUUACUCCGACUGCCAAUAGAGAUUCGUUUCCAAUUCGCUGUGGACAACCAUGUGAGGAGUGGGUGUACCGUUCUAACCAACGAAUCUUUCCGUGGACCCAUCUCGCUGAACCUCACUUACUCGGAGCACAGUCAGCCCUCUCGUCUGUGCGUCUGGGCUUUCGAGCGGUCUGAUAAAUUUGAAUUCAAUGAGCUGGGUCAAUGCGUCCUAUCUCUCUCCAAAUCGUCGCAAUUGCCCGACAUGCCAUCAGACAGGGUAUCAAUGAGAAGUGUGCGGUUUUCCAGCCCAAAGACAGAACUUCGCGCAGACCUGCGACUCUGCUUUAUUUGGAUCUAAGUGACUUUGACCUUUCUUCAAUAUUGCUCUCACCCAUCCUCUUUAUUAUAUUUUUGUUACUGCUGCAAUAUGAACACAGAAGCCAUAGUCAGGCAAUUCGAUCGUUCUUGCAAUGCUGUCUUUCAUCCCUUUUUGUGAAAUUACACAACUAACCAUGCACUUGUUUUGUUUCAUCAAAGUGUUCACCGUCACAUGAAUGUGUGGGUGGUUGUCGAUUAUCACUGCUGUUGUGUGGGAUGUGGGUUAAAUUUUGACUCGAC